CGCGGCUACACUGUAGCGAGCGGGCGGCGGAGAGAGCGCGCCAUGGCCGCGGAGGGUCCCCGCCUGGCCCGGCAGCUCUUCCUGCGCGGCCUGGCCGCCGCCUUCCUGGCCGCCUUCGCCUCCCUCUACGUCCAGGUGCCCGGCCUUUACGGGAAGGAUGGGAUCCUGCCCGCCCGGAAGAUGCUUCGUUUCACUGGCAAAGGAUUCUGGGAGCAGCUGCGGGACUCCCCGACUCUGCUGUGGCUGGGCCCCCACCUGGGGCUGGACACGGAGCAGGGCCUGGAGCUGCUGUGCCUGAUGGGCUCGCUGCUCUCCUUCGGGGCCCUGGUGCUGGAGCCCCUGCGGGACAGCCUGGUCUUCCUCGCCCUCUGGGGCCUUUACCUCUCCGUCUAUCAGGUGGGACAGGUGUUCCUCUACUUCCAGUGGGACAGCCUUCUGCUGGAGACGGGCUUCCUGGCGGUGCUCGUGGCCCCCCUGCACCUGCUCAAGUGGCGCUCGACAACCUGGAGGGCCUACGAUGGGGUGACCUUCUGGCUGGUGCGUUGGCUGCUCUUCCGGUUGAUGUUUGCCUCCGGGGUGGUGAAGCUGACCAGCCGCUGCCCCACCUGGUGGGGGCUCACAGCGUUGACUUACCACUACGAGACCCAGUGCAUCCCCACCCCAGCCGCCUGGUUCGCCCACCAGUUGCCAUUCUGGUUUCAGAAGCUGAGCGUGGUGGCCACCUACGUGAUCGAGAUAGCCGUCCCCCCCCUCUUCUUCGUGCCGCUGAGGCGCCUGCGCCUGGUGGCCUUCUACAGCCAGGUCCUUCUGCAAGCCCUGAUCAUUUUCACCGGCAACUACAAUUUUUUCAACCUGCUGACGGUGGUGCUGAGCUUCUCCCUGCUGGACGAGGAGCACGUGGGGCUGUGGCUGGGCCAGGGGCGGAGGAAAGCCAGUGGCGGCUGGCCCUGGCGCUUGGCCACCUUGCUGGCCGAGCUGGCUGUCUACGGCCUCCUGAUCUACUGGACCAGCCGUUACUUUGGGCUGACCAUCAACUGGGAGAAGAGACUUCUGGAAUCCAAGACAGCCUUCACCUACCACGAGUUCAUGCAGUGGCUGAAGACGGUGACCCUCCCCCUGGUGGCCCUGGGGCUGCUCUCCUUGCUCUGGGAGGUCCUUCAGGCUGGGUACAGGAGCGCCUGCGUCCGGGGCUUUUUCUGGAAACUCUGGGCUGUCCUGCAAUGGGCCAUUUUCUCCACCGCGGCCCUGGGGAUGUUCACUAUCAGCCUGGUCCCCUUCACGUACAUUGAGUUCGAGUCCAACGGGAAGCUGUGGCCGGGCAUCCAUCAGGUCUUUGGGGCUGUGGAUCGCUACCAGCUGGCCAAUUCCUACGGGCUCUUCCGGCGAAUGACGGGCGUCGGCGGGCGGCCCGAGGUGGUGCUGGAAGGCAGCCACGACAAGGAAACGUGGACGGAGAUUGAGUUCAUGUACAAACCGGGCAACGCCAGCGCAGCCCCCCCCAUCGUGGCCCCCCACCAGCCCCGCCUGGACUGGCAGAUGUGGUUCGCCGCUCUGGGCCCCCCCACACACAGCCCCUGGUUCAGCAGCUUCGUCUACCGCCUCCUGCAGGGCAAGAAGGCAGUGAUCCACCUGGUGCAGGUGGACGAUUCCAAGUACCCCUUCAGAGACCAGCCUCCCACCUACAUCCGGGCCCAGCUGUACAAAUACUGGUUCACCGAGGCCGAGUCGGACGGGACCCUCCCUCAGAAAUGGUGGCGGCGUCGGCAGAUUGAGGAAUUCUACCCUUUGGUCUUCCUGGGCGAUCCCAAGCUGGAAGACGAGCUGGCCCGGCACGGGCUCAAGGACAAGCCCCCCCUGAAGCGCCCCCCGGAUGCCCUCCUGCCCAGCUGGCUGCAGCGAGUUCGAGAACACCUCCGUCCCUACAGCGGCCCGGCCGUCAUUUGGUCCCUCUACCUCAGCGCGGCGGCUGUGGGCAUCCUGCGGGGACUGGGGGCCCGUCUGCCGGCGGGAGGGGUCCCCGGCGGAGGCAGGCACAAGCCCGGCCGGCCGGCCGACGCAGUGGCGGAUCCCGGGGGGGGCGGAGACCAGCCGGGCGGAGAGAAGAACGGGCAGCUGCGGAGGAAGGAGGAGAAGGGCAGAGCGGCUGCCGAACCCCCCUCCAACGGGCUGCGGCACACGAAGAAGAAGAAAUAAGUCUGGAGGGGGCAGCGGCGGCUCCGGGACCCCCCACCCAGCCUCUGCAGGACGCCAGGCGGGACGUGAGCUGGGUGGGGGGAGCCUUCGCCACCCAGAUGGAUCUGGUUGCCUUCUCUCUCUCUCUCUCUCUCUCUCUCUCUCUCUCUCUCUCUCUCUCUCUCUCUCACACACACACACACACACACACACACACACACA